CUGAUCUGCUACUGCGGAUUGCUCAGAAUAACAAGGCUGCUCGCUAAUUCCCGUCUAUCGGGGCUUUCGCCGAAACACCGAGAGAGUAGGGUCCAAAAAAAGCCAACAAGGCAGGCAAGACCGCCGCGCCGCCGGAGUCCGCACCCCAGAAUGGCUUCGGGAGACCUUUACGAGGUGGAGCGGAUCGUUGACAAGAGGCGGAACAAGAAGGGUAAGUGGGAGUACCUGAUAAGGUGGAAAGGUUAUGGAAGUAAGGAGGACACAUGGGAGCCAGAACACCACCUGCUGCACUGCGAGGAAUUCAUUGACCAGUUCAACAGCUUGAAACUGCACUCACACAAACGACCCAGAGUUCCAAAAAGUCGCCAGGAGCCCCUCAUCACCAGCCACCCACCUGCUACUGAAAACUCCAGAGCUCGGUCUGAGGCCCGAAAGAAGAAAAGGACUUGUGGGCCAGCUGUUGGGGUUAGAGUAGGAGCUGUUCUAGGGAUUGGAGGUGGAGGGUCAGGACCCACUCAGAAGCAGAGGAAGGUGGGUGUAGGACCUGGGAAACAUGCUUUAGCCAUGACGUACAAGGCUCCUCCACUGGGAGAACCUCACUUUGCUCCUCCAGUGAGGGUUCCUCAUAAUGGACUCCAAAAUGGAGAGAUGGAGCCUCUCAUGUACAGGACAGCAAGGUCACAUAGACUGCCUUUGGACAGAGUGGAUGGAGAGCUAGGAGACAUGGACACCACUGGACAGCAGUUCACCACUGAGCUAGGCUCUCCUCUGGCCAACGGUAAGAUGCAUCUGCACAGCUCAGUAAAAAGGAAGUUGGCUGAAGACAAAGGCUACGUGUUCGACAAGCGGCUCAGGUACAACGUGCGACAGAACGAGAGCAACUGUCGAUUCCGAGACAUCGUGGUCAGGAAGGAGGAAGGCUUCACGCAUGUCCUGCUCUCCAGCCAAACGACAGACAACAACGCUCUGACACCAGAGAUCAUGAAGGAAGUGUGUCGAGCUCUGGGUAAUGCAGCUGCUGAUGACAGCAAAUUGUUAUUGCUCAGCUCUGUGGGGACUGUUUUCUGCAGUGGCCUGGAGCCGUCGUACCUGAUAGGGCGCCUGUCCACUGACCGCAGAAAAGAGAGCAGUCGCAUCGCAGACGCCGUACGGGACUUUGUGUUGGCAUUCAUCCACUUCAAGAAACCCAUCGUGGUGGCAAUAAACGGGCCUGCUCUGGGCUUAGGGGCCUCCAUCUUGCCCCUGUGUGAUGUGGUGUGGGCCAGUGAGAGGGCCUGGUUCCAAACUCCAUGUGCAGCCCUUCACCUCACCCCCUCUGGAUGCUCCUCCUACACUUUCCCCCAGAUCCUGGGUGUAGCUCUGGCCAACGAGAUGCUGUUCUGUGGCAGAAAACUCACAGCACAGGAAGCAUGCAGUCGAGGUCUGGUGUCACAGGUCUUCUGGCCAACCACAUUUAACCAGGAAGUGAUGCUGCGUGUGAAGGAAAUGGCAUCGUGCAAUGCAGUGGUUUUAGAAGAAUCCAAAUGCCUGGUGCGGAGUAUCGUCAUGUCAGUCCUGGAGGAAGUCAAUGAGAAAGAGUGUCAGAUGCUGAAGCAGCUGUGGUGUUCAACCAAAGGACUCGAGGCACUCUUCAGUUACCUGCACAACAAGUCGUAUGAGAAGUGAUCAAAGGUUCUCUACAGGGGGACUUUCAAACUGAAGGAAUAGUUGCAUUAAGGGUCUUUGUUUCUUUCUGUCAGUAGAGGGGGUUCUGUGGUGUUCGUUUGCUCACAUGUCUACCGACAAUUCCCUCAUGAUCAUCUUUUGUAAAGCAACUUUUUUUUACUGGACCCAUAACUGUCCAGGUGUUUAUUCUGUUGGUAUCAAAGAGCAAAGGGCCAAAUGUGCUUUGCUUAACUAAACACUGAAGGAGGUUCUGCAGGGAGGUACAGAGCGUCUCUGUGCAUACGCUAGACUUCCGUGUUUCUGAAAUCACCCGGAUGUAUGAAAUCCUUGUAUGUCUGAUAGCACAUGACAAACUGACAGUAAUAUAUAUUAAAAUAUAUUUAUUUCAAGUGUGUAAAGGAGUUGCUUUCUGUAUAUGAGAUGCAUUUUUCAGACUUUUUUCUUUGGUCGCUUCUUGUUUUGAGAUUAAGUGUAAACCAAAGUUUGCAUGAGGACACUGUCUCUUGCUCCUUACGUGCACAUUCCAUCCUCUCUGUUCGGAUAGGAGAAAACUGGCCACAAAUGCUCGUACAUGCUCUCACACAUCAGGAAAUCAGAUUCAACGGCUGCUCAAAACAUGAUCUUAUGAGUUACCGUAAAAUAUUAUAAGACUUGGUGGUUGGUGGUGGUUCAAUUCUUUUUUUCUUUUUUCUUUUUUUUUUGGUUCUUUUGUUUUUUUCAUCACACAACUCAUUUUUCAUACUGUACACAUCUUUAGCACACAUAACAGACAUCUCAUUUUCCAGUAACUUUGUCAUUAUUAUCAUAAUCACCAAAAAUUUGCGUCCGCUACAUGAAAUCAAGAUUAAUGCUCAUGUGCUGAUGAGACCGUCUGGUGAUACUGCUCAAGUAGAUCAACUAGCAUCCUCAUACUGUCAACAUCCCAUCUGUCUUCAGUUAUUUUCACCUGCAAUACAACACAUUAGGGCAAGAGUUUAAUUUAGCUUUUAUUUCUACAAAUAAAAUCUUGUUGAGGUCAAGAUUUUUCUCUCAUGAGAGACCUAGAUGUCUUUUUUCUUUUCAACAAAUCAGAAAAUAAGUGGAAAUGGAGACACUGGUGGUCUCAUGUGAAUGCUAGCACUAAACACACAGAUGUGUCUAUUCUUAAUCAAAUGGCAUUUUGGCUUGAAUACAAAAUGACUUUAGAUGAUUAAAUUAAUUGUGGCACAUAUCACAUGGAAGGAUUAGCAAUGGAUUUUAUUCCAUUUCAUUUGAGCUACAUACAGUAAGUAGCCUUACAUGAAGCGCUGUGGUGGCUCAUGGCUUCCAGUUAUCAAUGCAGAUUCCUACUGUGCGAAACAUUUCUUCGAAAAGCAUCAGACGAUCAUGUUGAUAUUACCUGACUGUUCUUUCUCUGCUGUGUAUUUUUUCAGAGCACACAAAAGAGACAAUAAUUGCUCGGUCAUCAAGUAACCACAUUGUGACUACACUAAUUGUCGGUGAUCAAUGUUGUGGAGAUGCGACAGUCGUGUAGCUUCCAGUCGACUUUGUCCUUAUCUGCAUGUGAUGAUUUAAGAUUUCGAGAAAUUUUUAUAUUGCGAUGUGUAUUAUAUUUAGGAAUCUAUUUUGUUUUACCAAAAAAAAAUGUAGGUUUGUGAAAAUUGUUUUGUAAAACUCAGAAGAUAUUUGUCCAUUUUUGCAGUUGUACACAUGCAGAACAGAAUAAUAUAUAGAUAAUGUAGACUGUUUUGUGUAACUAAUUGCAUGUAAUAUACUGUACAUAUAAAUGUGUUGCCUGUCUGAAUACCUUGUAUUCCAGGGUAUGUUUUGUACCAAUAUUGUAAGUAUUGUUAGAAAUGGUGCAGUUUAUUUUUGUAUUUAUUUGAGAUAACUGUUUGGAUGUACAGUGCCAUGUGGUGUCCUUUGCUCCAGAAGCACUCAGACUCUCUUAGUCACCCUUUCUAAAUUAUCCCAUAACAACUUGGAUGAAUUAUAUGGGUCAGGAAAGCAUAUAACUUAUAUAUAAUUUAAAAUCCAAAAUAUGCUAACACAAUCGUCACUUGAAUGUUCACCCUCUCAGUUGACAUUAUUAGAUUAAGUAUUUUGUUGUAAAUUAUCAAAGGCAUGUCAGAUAAUUUAAUAUGUGUUGUGUUUUACUGAGCUUUACAAUUACGAAAAGAUGAUCAAUAAAAUGACCCUUAUUAUAUUUCACAUUUGUCCAUUUCAAGCAUGUAAGUCUCUGUUAAUUCUCCAUGAGGUUGUCUCAUGAUUUGAACAAAACAUGAACAAAAACAACAGCAUGCUUUCACUUGGGCUCAUGAAAAAUUAAACCUUUUGUAGCUGCAUCUCAGUGCACCUACAUUUAAAUGUAAUGUAUCUAAAUUUAACUUUACAAAUAUAUAAUUGGCUAGAACCUACAAAAAUCAGACUUGUUAUGUCUUCUCAGGUAGUUUGGCAGGAGUGUGACCAUUAGGCUUAAAUAAUGAGAAGUUGUUAGGAUGGUGUUUUUGUUUUGUUUUUUUGUUUUUUUUUUUGAUAAAAGGGGUCCCUGCAUUCACUUCUUUGACUGUGUUCCUUGGUUAAUACUCCCAGUUCCAGGGUCCCAAGAUGAGGUGAGAGGGGCCUGUGUGUGAUUCAGCACCACUGAAUGCAAAUCACUCAGGUCCACUGAGUGUUAGUCACACUGAUCCUUCAUGACAGGCAUCUUAAUGUCUUUAUUUUAAUUUGUAAAACAUUGCCAGUUCUUUUCAGCGUGUCACCUGAGAUAGAAUAAGCAUUUCUCUACUUUGAUAGCAUAUGUUUGAAGUGUGCUUGAUAGUAAGAUUUGAAGUAAAUCAAAUCAGUUGGAACUAAAGAAACUACUCACAUUUUUGGUCCAUUAUUUAUUACUUUGAUGGCGUUUUCGCCAUUUUUUCUGUGGUUUUCUGUCUUUUAUAACCACAAUAUCAUAUGUGUGUAAUUCAUCAUUCAUGUUCUUUCUCCCCACAUUGUCUCAAAGCGGUGCCUUACAAUUUCUGUCAACAAUUUAUCCAUACAUUGUGAUUGGUUAGAGAGAGCUGCUACAAAUAAAGAAACAGUGCUUUC